AUGGGAUACUUUUGGGAUAAAGGCUGCAAGGUGUAUUACUUCCGUGUUAAAAAGAAUGGUAAGAAAAUGUAUAACUUUAAUGGCCCUGUUGAGUUUGUUAAUUCUACUGCUGAACUACAUAUGGUUGAUGAUCAACCUAUUAGUGCUUCUCAUGAUGCUUCUCAAGUUGAUACAGAUAUGCAUGAUACUGGCCAUGGGGAUGAUCAAGGUAGUGGGAUUGGUGUUGAAUAUGGAAAUCGGUCUUCCAUUAUUACUAUGCUUCAAAACAUGCAGGUUAAGCAAGAUGAGCUAUACAAGGAGGAUUAUCAUAGGCGAUCUGCACUUUUGAGGCAGCUCAAGAGGAACGAUUUUGUCUUCUUCAAGAGCACAUGA